UUACAUGAUGCAUAUGCCAAUGUUGUCAUGGUGAUGCAAACUGGAAAAAGACUUCUGGGGAAAUACUUCCGUGUGGCCUUUUAUGGAACUCAGUUCUUUGAGGAGGAAGAUGGUAAAACUUACAUCUACAAAGAACCUAAGGUGACUGGACUUCCAGAAAUUUGCGAGCGACUGAAGACACUAUACAGUGAAAAGUUUGGAAGGGGGAAUGUGCGCCUUAUACAAGACUCGAAUAGGGUGAAUCAAAAAGAUCUUGACUCAAGAUACGCCUACAUUCAAAUCACAUAUGUCACUCCCUACUUUGAUGAGAAAGAACUUCAGACACGGCUUACAGAUUUUGAAAGGAACAAUAAUAUACAAAGAUUUAUGUUUGAGACACCAUUUACAAAGUCUGACAAGGCCCACGGCGCCGUCCAUGAUCA